AGCAUUCGUCAUUCUACACGCGAUCACUUUCACUCGGGUGGAGCUCAUUUUAACUUUUCUUCAGUUCUUUUGGGCCCAGUAUGCUUCUGUUGUCAUGUCUACAGACAGAAUCCAGCCGAUGAAUUAAGCGUAAGAAGUUUUCCCUUCAAUUAGGACAGGUCGUGAUAGCUUUGAACAGUUUUCUUCUGUUGGACAAUAAGAAGAUUUUAGUCUUUGUCUUACAACCGGCCAUUCAGAUGGGGGCAAAUGAAGAAAAGCAGGAAAAAUGUGGAACCAUCUGCCUGAAGUACCUGCUCUUCACAUUCAACUUCCUGUUUUGGUUGGCAGGGGGUGCUGUGAUGGCAGUGGGCAUCUGGACAUUAGUGGAGAAGAGUGACUACAUCAGUUUGCUCUCAUCAAAGAUCUACGCUGUCUCUGCCUACAUACUGAUCGUGGCCGGAGCGAUCGUCAUGGUAACGGGGGUGUUGGGCUGCUGUGCCACUUUCAAGGAGCAGAGACGUCUAUUGAGAGUGUAUUUUGUGUUGCUGCUCUGUAUUUUUAUGCUGGAGAUUCUGGCUGGAGUUUUGGCCUACAUUUAUUACCAGCAGCUGAAUGAGGAGCUGAGGGAGAACCUGAGGGAGACCAUGGUUCAGCAGUACCAUCAGCCCGAGCAGGAUCAUGUGACAAAGGCUGUAGACAAACUGCAGCAGGAGUUCAAGUGUUGUGGCAGUAAUAGCUCGUCUGAUUGGACAGAGAGUGUGUGGAUUCGCUCCACUGCGUCUGACGGUCGGGCCGUCCCAGACAGCUGCUGUAAGAGCCCGUCUGAUCGUUGCGGUCAUAGAGAUCACCCCUCAAACAUCUAUAAAGUAGAGGGCGGCUGCAUUACAAAACUGGAGAACUUCAUUCUGAAUCAUCUACAGAUCAUUGGUGCUGUGGGAGUGGGUGUGGCCUGUGUGCAGAUCGUUGGCAUGGUCUUCACAUGUUGCCUGUACAGGAGUCUGAAAUCAGAGCCGUACUGAACAUCUUCAGCAUCCUCCACUUCAUUAUCAUGUGCCACACGUGCUUUAAACAGAAGGUUAGAUGGUCACUAACAUUCUGCAGACAGUCUCCUUUUGAUAUAAUAGUUGAUACUUCAUGAUUAUGUAUCAAAUCAAUGUUCACUACAACUGACACACACAUAUAAAACUGUAUGUUAUAUGCACUGUUUUUAUAAUUAGUGAUCAGUCACACAUUUCAAAUACUACUGAGCUAGAAACGUCAUUAUUGAUUGGAGGGAUUUUAGGAACUUCAGCACAUUUUGUUGUUUUAUACAUGAAUACCUAUAUAAAAAUGUGUGUUGUUUCAUCUCUCUGUGUGUGCUUAUUUUUUUAAUGUAGAUCAUCACUGUUAUUUGAAAUAUUUAAUGUAGAACAACAUUAUCUUAAUAUGAAUUAAACUGGACUGUCCAGUCAUCCAUCAGAAUGUAAUAUAUCUGCUGUCGAUGUUUUUUUUAUUUUUUUUUAUGUCAAAUUAAUUAUAAAAAGAUGAGGAAAUAAGAAAACAGACCAAAUGGUCAACAUUAAAACUGUUGUGUCAGUGCAGUCCUGAGUUUGUAUGAGUGUACAGUAUCUACUGUAACCUGCUAAACCAGUAUAGCUACUGUACAAACAGUAAGGUUCAUCUAAUUCCAUUCUCAUAAUGCAGUAAAACUGAAGAGACUAAAAGUAGGGACACACGCUGCCAUUACAGCCAAAUAUUUUUCUUGGAGCAGCAUUUUGAUAAACGCCGACCCUGUAGUAUCAUGAUAUUCUGUGUUUCAAGAGCAUACUGGGGCUGUGUCUCAACUUGCAUAAUAUCCCUAAAUAUUAUGCAGGAUUACAAUUAGUGCAUCCCAAAUCACAGUUUUAGAAAUAGUAUUCCAAAUUUGACCAGAUUCCAGUGGAUUUUCAAGGUGUGAAUGUCUGCAUGUUUUUUUGCCUAAAAUUACACAACCACAAGAAAAGUUUGUGAUGGUUCACGUUCAACUUGAGGACAAAUCCUUAUGCGAGCUCAGUGAUAUUAAGACAUUUUGAUGACUUGGCAGUAUUAAUUAAAACUGGUGUACUAAAAGUAUGCACUGUCCAUCAACAGAAAACCCAUAGUUCAUUUGUUAUUAAGUGACUAAAAUGAUGUUCUGAAUAUCUUUAAAAGAUUUGAUGUCACUAACCAGACAAACUUUGGCAACUCCAAUGAUUAUUUAAUUCUCAAAAGCACCGCUUAUGGGGUAAAAGGCCCCUUCAGAAAAAGGUGCACCAUUUCCUGAGCAUUUCAAUCACAUUUGGCAUUUCUUGACAUCUCAAGUAUUCUAUCAACAAAUUAAUCUCCAUUGUGAUUGGAUCAGUAAAUGUGAGCCCACUUUGAACAUCCCUUACAACUAAUCUGUUCCACCCUCUUAAAGGUGCACUCAGUAACUUUUUUUUUCUUUGUGUUAUCUUGGACUUAAACUGACACCUGGCAGCUUGGAUGCAGCAUCAUUUAAAAUCAAUAGUUUUCAGUUUAAGAUGUCAUUGUAGAAAUGUAGUAUUCACAGUCAGACAUGAUUACUUUAAUCAAUGAGUGAAAGUGUCAAAUAACAGGACGGUUACUGAGAUUAAGCGAGUAGUAUUCGGCUGGUCAUGUGAUUCUAACAUGUAGAAUAAAACAGCUUUUAUAAGGUUACUGAUAUGACUGGAGUCUUCAUAUUAAUGUGAGUGCUCAUGAUUUCCUACACAUAUUGUAAAAUUAUAAAUCAUGUCUUUAGGAGUUAAACUUUUUGUUUGUAACAUUUAUAUAUUUAUGCAACAUUUAUUGGUAACACUUUACAAUAAGGUUCUAUUUUAAAACAUUAGUUAACAACAAUAUUUGUUAACAUGAACUAUCAAUGAACAAAAUGUAAGCAUUUAUUAAUCUUAAAUGUUAAUUUCAACAUUUAGCGAUACAUUUUUAUAAUCUAAAAUUGCAUUUGUAAACAAUGCACUAUGAACUAACAAUGAACAGUAGUGUUUUUAUUAACUACCACUAGAUUAAUAAAUGUAAAACAAAAAUACCAUUCAUUAUUAGUUCAUAAUACCUAAUGCAUUCAUUUUAACGAAUGGAACCUUAUUGUAAAGUGUUAUUAAAAUAAAAUUAAUUUGGAGGGGGGCAUUCUGCUUAACAUCUCUUUCAUGUUCAGUGUUGGGUGUAAUCUGAUUAUAAUAAGGAAAUGGUUACUGUAAUCUACUGUAAUUACUCCAACAAUGUGUGUGACAAUAAACAAAGGAGGAAAUAUAGACAUUUGAAUUUGAGCAAAAAAAACUUUGAAGUUUUUUAGGAAGUAACUUAAAAAUAAAGUAAUAUGAUUUCUUUUCUAAUAAAGUAAUACUAAACUAA